AAAUUUAUAAGCAUGUUAACUUGGUCCCUUAAGCUAAAAAAUAUAAUGUCUAUCCGCUUUUAUUAUUGCUAUUUCAAAGCCCGCUUCAGUAACGUAAGGCACGUAUUAGCCGCAACGUUUACGCAAGGGAAAAUCUACCAAUCACAGCGUGCAUAAGUGACCUUGAAGUGCUCAGCCUCUCCAUAAGCCAUUUGUGCCGCUAUCCUAUCUCGAGCUCUCGGAGUGAAUUACGUAUGCACCACUUUAGGCAGCCUGCUAGACCUUGCCGUUACAGAUACAGAAUUUUAAAUGCCGGGGAUGGUCGUCAUGCUGAAACCACUGAGGCGUAUUUACAUCGUCGUGAAUAUGCAGGAAAGUCUGGUAGCCGUAAAUCCAUGGCUCCCAGUAACAAUAUGGAAAUGAUCAGACGUGCUGUGAGUAUGAACUUAGUAAGUGGGUCGGGAACUUCUGGGGUCACUUCUCAAAACAGCGGUUUGGCUGCAGGAGAGGUGUGGGUCAGAAUUACUGUUGUCAACGGUGCUAACCAUUCGCCCACCGACCUUCAGCAAAUAAUCAUUGCAGCUGUCGGGACUCAACUGCGGUUCUACAACACUUGUGUGGAGGGUAAAAAUUUUCUAACGUAUGCCAAAGUUAGACAGAAAGAGGUCCCCAACUACCGCAAAUCCCUACAGGGCGCACGUGGUUCAAUUCAAGGCUCACAGUUGGUUACCGACAUUACAAUGGUCCCAGAACCUCGAGUUCCUUCCACCUCAGAGAGCAAGUCAAGCUCGGAAUCAACAAACAGUACACCUCUACCAGAAACUUGGAUAGAAGCGUUAAAACAGUGUUUCGUGCAACGCUAUCAGCCAAACACACGCACUUUAGAUCUGUCUUCUUUACAUACAGAUCCUGAUCUCCUUAGUCGAGGUCUGUAUUUGCCUCUAAACAAACAAGCCGUUGUCCAUGCUCUAAUUGCUAUUUUGAAACAAAACCAAGCACAGCUCUCAGUACUCAAUUUGUCAAGCAACCGCCUGACCCAUUUGAAUGCUUUCUCUCCCUUGUCUUCAACAAGUGCUGGAUGCACUCCUGUAUCAAUUGAGCGCAUAGACCUCAGUUCGAAUCCUUUAAGUGGAAUACCGAUUCUUUCCGGUCUUCGAAAUAUUGUUGGUCUAGUCGAACUUGAUCUAACUGAAACUCCACUCUCGUCCAGAUUCCAUCCAAACGACCGGGUGUUUGCAGCUAAACUGCAAAAGAUUUUGCCGACUGUCAAACGCUUGAAUGGACAAGAUUUACCACAGACCGUACAGUUCGCAAUUGAGCAAGGUUCUGAUUCAACCAAACAGCCACAACCCAAACCGCUGCCUCAGUCCGUACUGGGUUAUUUCCCAAGUGUUGAAGUUAAAACAGCUUUGUUAAGUUUUCUGAAACUUUAUCUCAACCGCUAUGACACCCAACCUCGGGGAGAGAACUUGUUACCUUACUAUACAAGCCUAUCUCAACUUGCUUUCUCCGCGGUUCCUGAAUCUCGUAUUCCCAGUACACAAAAUGUAUCAUUUACUGCACGUAUAGAGGUGGAGAAUGAGUCGGGUCAACCAACCGUAGCGUAUUUAACAACAUCUCGGCUAACACAACCUUACUUCACGCGGAGUCGCAAUCUACUUCGUUGUCGAGACGAAUGCAGACGACGUGAUAUGGUUGUUCGUGGCAGUUUGGCAAUCGCUUCCUUUUUGGAUGAAUUACCAGCCACAGAACAUCAACUAGAAUCCUUAUCUGUUGAUGUUGCAUUUCAUUCUGAAAAUCAAAUGUUGUUCACCUUUGGUGGCGUAUUUUAUGAAAUCGCGCCAAUUGCUUCGUCUACUAUGACUUCAACUCCUGAAAAGUCUGUUCGGAAAAUACUACGUUGUUUCACACGAACCAUGAUAUUAGCUGCCCCUGGUGGCCAUGUCAUACAGGACGAUUUUAUUAUAUCAAACCCAAGUACUUCUCUGUGUAAAAAAUAUAUAACUGAAAUGGCUACAAAAUCUGGAAAAGUGAAUCCAACUCCCACACAACAACCUGCGCUAAAUGUUAAUUUAUCUAUACCUGAUCUUAGAGAACCUAUUCUAACUGAAUUCAGUCAACGUACUGGCAUGAACAUAUCUUUUUCGAAACAGUGCUUAGAAGAAUUCGGAUGGGAUGUGAAUGCUGCUUUCAAAGCUUUUGAAGCUAUGAACUCAUCAGGAACAAUUCCCCGUGAAGCAUUUAUUCAGUGAAUUCAAUUACGAAAUAGUAACAUUUGUAUUUUUUCACUUCAUACAUGUUCUGAUUUGUAGCAGUUUGCCGUUAGUUCAGUUGCUUGUAGAGUACUUACUAUUCGUCAUGUUUUUUUAUCCCAAUCGAGAGAUUAUUCGUCAGAAAGUUUGAUGUCACCUGUAUUUUGUGUGUGUGAGUGCGUGUGUUGCGCUCGUUCUACUAACCCGAAAUAUAUAUCUGUUGGGAAAGUACUUUUUCAAUAAAAUAAUAAAAAAACUAAAAAAAAUCUGCAAAGUGCGGUGUUCGCAUUAAAACGUGCUAAAAGAGAACAAAUCCCAACAAGACAAAAAAAUAAAUAAACGGGUCAAAGAAAGAAUUUGAGCGAUGUAUGUUGUGGACUGAUUGCUAUCAGGUGUACAUCAUCAACUUCUGAUGUAUUAGUCGCUUGACCAAGAUGAAAAGUAUGGCGAUAUAAGUCUCUACAGUAGUUGAGCUAUCGAUAAAUUGUUGCAUUAUCGGAAUAUUUAUAAGUCUGUAUAAUAUAUGUGUAUACGCCGACAAUAUAGUAUUUCCAUUCGUACUUAAAACUUUUUGUUAUUCCUUGUGUUUAUGAAUAACUGAUUAUCACUCUGCUUUAUAAACUGCUUAUAAUCCCGUUAUUUUUUGGAUUGAUUAUCUGUACACUCUAUGAUAGAUAGUGAAUGAAAGUUAGUGAAAGCAAUUGUAUUAUCUGACUAUGACUUUUUUAUUUUACUCAAUUCAAAAAGAGAUAAACAAAAUUCGUCAUCAUAUAUUGUAUUGCAUUGUAUUGUAUUGUGUAAUCAAAAGUUGUGAAAUAUCUCCUAUUACAAUUAUAAAGCAAGGGGCCAGUUGAGGAAAAGCAGGCAUGAUUUUGCUGUCCAGGUAUAACAAAUAGGAUCUAAGCAGAAAGUAUAAGAUGAUGAGGCUUUACAGUUUCACAUUUCAAUGCCAAAAAUAAUUUCACUUGCUUGUUUUUGUUUAAUGCUCUAAGAAGAAAUUUGGGAUUACGAAAAAUACUCCUAAUCAUUUGGCUUCGUUAAUCCUUUCGUUUCGAUGUCACAAUUAGUCAUGUCUUGUGAAUUAUCUUUGCCUCCAGGUUCAGUACUAGUUGAUUCCUCUGUAGUAACCACCCCACUUGUGUCUGCUUCGUCAUUAGCGUUCUGUUUAGUGGCUAUUUUGGCGCAGUCUUCAAGCAGUAGUGGCUGGUCACUCUUCUCAAUGUUUCUCAGCGAGGGAAGUGAGUGGAAGCGGUCUAACCUAUCCACUGUUUGUUCAUAUAUGGAAUGGGUGUAACCGUCAUUCUGAGAAAGUUCACUGUCGUAUAUUCCCAAAGUUAAGAACGACCUAGCCCUAUCAUGACUAUGUAUGUCGAAAAAUUCACAGCCAAUAUCCUGUUCGUAAAACGCUGAUUCUGCACUUUUUUCAUGCUGUCCCACCACUUUAUCAUCAUUCACUUGAUUUUCUCCAUGACUGUUGAUUUCGCCAACGGAUUUAUCAUUGUUCGUCUCGGAGUUCGCAGGAGUUUCC